CUGGUGGGUGAGGGUCCCGCUGGGGACCCGCCAGGGGGCCGCGGGGAGCCCUUCUCUCGCCACAGGUCCUGGCCGAGGGGGCCAGGGCGCCGCCCAGAGCCGCUGCGGCUGCGGGCGCCUUGCGGGUCGCGGCGGCCCGGGGGUCCCACCUGCGGGGGCGAGACAAGGCGGGGGUCCCGGCGGCCGCGACCACGGUCGCGCCCGGGGUUGAGCCUCGGCUGCCGCAGGCCCGGGAGGGGACCCCGGGCGCGCGGCGGCCCCCGCCGACUUCCAGGUGCCCCGGCGCCCCGGGCUCCGUUCCCGCGGCUGUCCCCGCGGCCGAGGCGGGGGCGCUGACCUGCCCCUCCCACACGGGGGCAGCGCGACCCUGCUCCGCGAAGUUAGUUUCGCUUUUCCCGCCGGUCGGGAGCCGGAUCUGCAGUGUGGCCCUACUGGCCCCCUCGGGGCUCCCCUGCCCUGCUCGCCGCGCCUCCCCCGGGGAGUCCGCCGGGGCGACACCCCGGGCGGCGCCUCCCUCUCCGCCAUCCCGGAGCCGCCGCAGCUUCUCCCGGCAACCAGGGGGGAGCCGAGUGUUGUGUCAGCAGAUCGAUGGAAACAGAAAAACCAGAGCAGCCUGGGCCGGUCGGUGGCCCCGCGGGAAGGGUCAGCCCGCGGCCAGGGUGUGUGGGGACUUGGUAAUUGUCCUGUCCGAGUUCAAGGCGAGGGCUCCUGGAAUGCUCACUGGCCCCUGGCGCGCGGGCUUGCCCCGAUGGGAGACUGCAAGCAACACUGAGGGCCCACAGUCUCCAGAGGCCGCCGACCAACCUUCCUUGGGACUUCUGUCUGGGCCUCAUCGCAAAACUGGACGGGAGGCCCCACGAUUGAUGAGUUUGCCCUGGGAGUCAGUGCGAAGGUGAAACCAAAGGUGAACAUGGGUCAGAAGGUCACCGGAGGGAUCAAGACUGUGGACAUGAGGGACCCCACAUACCGGCCCCUGAAGCAGGAGCUCCAGGGCCUGGACUACUGCAAGCCCACCCGCCUGGACCUGCUGCUAGACAUGCCCCCCGUGUCCUACGAUGUCCAGCUGCUCCACUCAUGGAACAACAAUGACCGAUCGCUCAAUGUCUUUGUGAAGGAAGACGACAAGCUGAUCUUUCACCGGCAUCCGGUGGCCCAGAGCACGGACGCCAUCAGGGGCAAAGUCGGGUACACGCGCGGGCUGCACGUAUGGCAGAUCACGUGGGCCAUGAGGCAGCGGGGCACCCACGCUGUGGUGGGGGUGGCGACAGCAGACGCCCCCCUGCACUCCGUCGGGUACACGACCCUCGUGGGGAAUAACCACGAAUCUUGGGGCUGGGACUUGGGGCGCAACCGGCUCUACCACGAUGGCAAAAACCAACCAAGCAAAACAUACCCGGCCUUUUUGGAGCCGGAUGAGACAUUUAUUGUCCCUGACUCGUUCCUCGUGGCCCUGGACAUGGAUGAUGGGACUCUGAGCUUCAUUGUGGAUGGACAGUACAUGGGAGUGGCUUUUCGAGGACUCAAGGGCAAAAAACUGUAUCCUGUAGUGAGCGCCGUCUGGGGCCACUGUGAGAUCCGCAUGCGCUACUUGAAUGGACUCGACCCCGAGCCCCUGCCGCUCAUGGAUCUCUGCCGCCGCUCGGUGCGCCUGGCCCUGGGCAAGGAGCGUCUGGGUGACAUCCACAUACUACCGCUGCCGGCCUCCCUCAAGGCCUACCUCCUGUACCAGUGACGCUGCACCCCUGCAUCGCCAGCACGCCGGCCACCUGGUGCCGCCGCACCCUGCGCCUCGGACCGGGAUCCGGCCCCCGGGAGGAAGUGCCUGCUCUUCCUCCCCGUCCUCCCCGCCGCCCCAGCCGGCCGCCCACAGCUUAACACAGGCUCCUCCAUUCCCUGUCCCCACGUUGGCAGAAGCCCCCCGCAUGCCGUGUCCACAGGCCCUCUUCGGAAGAAGACACAGAGAACAGACUCCUAGGAAGCCCUCCACCGAGCCCCGACCCGCCCUCGGGGUGGCGCAGGGAUCCCCGCCCCCCCCGCCCCGCCCCGACCUGCCAGGUCCCGGGAGGAGGUGCCCCGGCGCCAAGAGCAGAUGCCAGGGGCGCUAAGAGGUGCUCAGAUGGGGGCCCGGCCACCGCAGACAACACUCAGGACGUCAGGAACUCACCGCGGACACCGAGGCAGGAGCCCAAACGGAACCUCCACAGGCGCAUACGAGUGCCCUGCGUCGGCCCCGGCUGUCAGCCCCCCGGUACCCUGUAUUUAUUCUUUUCACAAUGACAAAAGCCAUUUAUUUAUUCCAUUUAGAAAGGAAACCUGGUUUCUUGCCCUCUCUCCGGAGUGUUCUGUUGCUUUGCUUCCACCUGCCCCUCCCUGGGAUGUGUGCGCCUCACCCGUCCCUCUCGUGGGCCGUGGUUGUGGCUUGUCCUCACGUGGGCACAAGGGUGUCCCUGUGUGGGUCCCCAGACCUACAGUUUCCGGGCGUUCUGCUCUGGGUUCCCGAGCACAUGAGAGUCUUGGGGGGCCCGUCCACAAGGGCUGUGGCGCUCCCCGUGUCUCCAGGCAGGAGACAGACAUCUUUGCACGUGGUUUUCCUCCUUUAGUCUUCUGUGGGGGGGUUGUGUGUGCUUUUGCUUUCCUAGCUGAAGACCUCCCAUGUGCAUCCUCAGAAGCUCUGCCUUCCCAGAGCCGGAACUAAGAAGGGAGGAUGAUGAGUGGGUCUCCGGCCCCAGGGAAGCCAGGGGCGCGGCGGGGUGGGGAGACCAGAGUGAGGUCGUGCCCCUCGGAAGCCAGUGCAGGCCUCCACUUCGUGCCCCCGUCCGGGCUCUGCGCCCAGGGGGAGCAGCCUCAGCUCAUCACGACCCCCCAGAGCCGCCCGAGGAGCAGGGCGGGGUGGGGCGGGGCAGCCAGCAGAAGAGGGCCGCUCGCGCCCUGCCGCAGCCCCCCCACGUAGCAGACCCCAGCCCCUGCCGCCGCACUCACCGUCCCUUUGAUCUUGAAGUCAACUCGCUUAGAAUCUGACUUCUGUUCGUUUCUGUACAGGUACAAUAGAUGACUUUAUUUGUUUAAAUGUUUAAUAUAUAUACAUAUAUAUUUGUCUGUAAGAAUUACGUUUUAAACAGCUGCUGUAGGGUACCUUUAAAAAACAAAGUCUUCCCGUGGAGUAUAUUUUUUAAAGCACAAAAUUGGUGCCAAGUCUGGGUGAGGGAUGUAAAUUACCCCCUUAUUAUUUUGAGUUUUUUUCCAAGGACGGGGGAGAAACCUUACCUGUAAGACUUUUAAAGACUUUUCCUCACUCCUGUUUCAGGGUGGGUCAUGUUCUCAUGAAUGUUGCACACGAGAGAGUUUUACUUACACAGAUGCCAGCCGAACCGCCUUGACCCAGCGUUCUCCCGCCGAUGCCGGAUGGAUUGCAGGCUCUCAGUCAUCUCUCUGCACCUCUGUCCCCGGCUUCCCAAACCUCAGCCCCACCCUUCUUUCCUCUCCUCCCAGAACCUUGUGACCUGUACAGUUUUAAAACUCCUGUUCUAUUUUAUGAUGGUUAAUAAUAGUCAGUAACCUAAUAAAGGAAAGUUUAUUAAAAUACAAAA